AUGGCCUACAAUCAAUUGCAGCACGGCGGUGCCGCAGAUUCAUAUUACCAGCAAGCGCAAGCUCCUUACGAGCUGCAGGAGCAGCAGAAGCAGACGCAGGACCAGGGGCAGCGGGGAUGGGAGCAACAACAGCAGCCGCCAUACCCUCCACAAGCAUACCAACAGCAACAGCAGCAACCCUACGCUCAGCCUCAACAGCCCCAGGCUUAUCCUCAAGCUCCACCACCAAAUUACGGCCAGGCACCACCGCCUACGGGGCCGCCAAAUGAGAAGCACGACUUUGAGCAGAAAUUCAAGGUUGACAAGCCCAAGUUCAAUGAUAUCUGGGCUGCGCUUCUCUUCCUCGCAACCUUUGCGGGGUUCAUCGCGGUCUCGGGGUUGAGUCUCUAUGGGUACAGCCAUACGAAGGGCCAGCAGGGGAGUGGAAUAUACAACUCUGGGCCGGAAGUGGCCUUGAAUACCAAUACCGUCAUCCUAUUCAUGUUUGUUCUGGCGGUUGCGUUUUUCCUGUCAUUGGGGUAUUUCUGGAUCAUCCGCGCUUUUACGAAACAGGCCAUCUGGAUAACAGGAAUACUGCAGAUCGUGUUUGGGAUCGGGACUGCGAUUGUGUACUUUGCAAGACAUUGGUGGAGCGCUGGCAUCGUCUACCUAAUCUUCUCGAUUUUCUACAUCGUCUGCUUCAUCAGCUGGAUCCCUCGAAUUCCCUUCUCCGUCUUACUGCUCCAAACCGUCAUUGAUGUCUCCAAAAACUAUGGCCACGUCUUCAUAGUGUCAUGCAUCGGUGGACUGGUCGCGACUGCUUUUGGCGCGUGGUUCUCCGUGACACUGGUUGCAGUGUACGCAAAGUAUUAUCCUGGGGCCCCCGGCUGUUCUGCCGGCGGCGGAAGUUGCAGCAAAGCCAAGGUUAUCGGGCUCAUUGUCUUCAUUACAUUUGCUGCGUACUGGAUUACGGAGGUUAUCAAGAACGUGAUCCACGUUACAAUUUCCGGUGUCUAUGGCUCAUGGUAUUUCUGUUCUCAGAAACCAGAAGGAUUCCCACGAGGAGCUACCCGAGGCGCAUUCAAGCGCUCGAUGACAUACAGCUUCGGAAGUAUUAGCUUCGGAAGCCUUUUGGUGGCUUUGAUACAAUGUCUCCGCCAAGCAUGCAACAUCGCCCAGCAAAAUGAAGCAGCUCAAGGCAAUAUCGUUGGACAGAUAAUCUUUUGCGUAUUACAGUGCUUCAUCGGACUCCUCGAGUGGGCGGUGCGGUUUAUAAACGAGUAUGCGUUCUCGUACAUUGCUCUUUAUGGAAAAGCUUAUAUCCCGGCUGCAAAGACAACAUGGCAGAUGAUGCGCGACCGCGGAAUUGACGCCCUCAUCAACGAAUGCCUCAUCAACCCCGUCCUCACUAUGGGUGCUGUCUUCGUCGCCUACGUCUGCUCAUUCCUAGCCUACCUCUACCUCUCAUUUACGAAGCCUGCUUAUAACGAUGGGGACGCCUUUACCGCCGUCGUCAUGGCGUUUGCUUUCCUUGUCGGAUUGCAAAUCUGCAAUAUCUUCAUGGUGCCGAUUAAGAGUGGCACCGCGACACUCUUUGUCGCUAUGGCGUUUGACCCAGAGGUCUUGAUCCACGAGUAUCCUGAUCUAUGGAGGAGGAUGGUCAAUGUUUACCCGCAUGUCCAGCAAGCUGUGCAUGUUUAG